AUGUCAGUCGAGGGCACCCAGCCGCCGUCCUCGGACCCCCAGCAAUAUGCCCCCACCCAAGCGGGCAGUUCGCCGCAACACCGCGGACCUAGGGCUGUCACGGUAUCCCACAUGUUUCCAGGGCUCGCCGUCCGUGUUGCGCAGCUUCCCAAUACCAGCAUAAACAGCUUUUGCGGCGCGAUGGCGGGAGUUGCGUCUGGUAUCGUGACUUGCCCGCUGGACGUUAUAAAGACAAAACUGCAGGCUCAGGGCUCCUUUAGACCGCGUCACUACAGGGGAUCGGCAUCGCCGAAGUCGAGCGCACUGUACAAUGGCAUGGUUGGCACAGCCAGAGUAAUCUGGAAACAAGACGGACUCCGCGGGCUGUACAGAGGGCUUGGUCCUAUGUUGCUUGGCUAUCUUCCGACAUGGGCGGUGUAUAUGAGCGCAUAUGAAGCGUCUAGAGACUACUACUACACUCGGAUAGAGAACAAGUGGUUCGCUCGAAUAUACGCUUCUAUCACCGCUGGCGCCUGCUCCACUCUGGCCACGAACCCUAUAUGGGUUAUCAAGACGAGACUGAUGGCUCAAGUGAGCUCUCGUGCAUCAGAAGAUGCGCGGCCGCCGUGGCACUACAAGUCAACCUGGGACGCAGCUCGAAAGAUGUACGCGCAAGAGGGCAUACUCGCCUUCUACUCAGGACUGGCACCAGCACUCCUCGGCCUUACUCACGUCGCUAUUCAAUUCCCCAUGUACGAAUUCUUCAAGAUGCAAUUCACCGGCCUCGAGAUGGGAGAAUCCUCGACGCAGAGCUCGGACAUGCACUGGGGCGGGAUCCUGGCCGCAACGUUCCUGAGCAAAGUCUGCGCAACGUCUGCAACUUACCCGCACGAAGUCCUCCGGACGCGGUUACAGACCCAGCAACGGUCGUUGAUGCACCAUUCCCCUGACGGAAUCAUCCAUGCCGGGAUGGCUCACCAUGGCCACCAGACCAAGCCGCCAGGAACUGCAUCGUCGGAUGGAAUGAGGAAUCUGCCUCGAUACCGCGGUAUGAUAAGAACCAUCCGGGUCAUCUUGCACGAAGAGGGGUGGAGGGCGUUCUACAACGGCAUGGGCACGAACAUGGUCCGUGCGGUGCCUGCAGCCAUGACCACGAUGGUCACUUUCGAGACGCUGAAGAACGCAUGCCAUAGAUUACAAGAGGAGGGGAGACACGAACGCGACGCGGGCCUCGCCUGA